CGCACACACGCACACACACACUUCUUUCUUUCUCUCUCUCUCUCUCUCUCUCUUUCUCUCCGUUUCGCCCUUUAUCUCUCCCUCUUUAUCUAUCCAUCGUCACGCUCAUUCAGACAACACAAGCACUCGCCGAGCCUCCCCUUUUCACACGAUUUACUCACCCCCUCCCUCACUAACAAUCUCUCUCUCUCUCUCUCCUUCUAUCUCAGAUACACUCCCUCACUAUUUCUCCCUCCCCCUCUCUCCCUUUCUCUCUCUCUUUCUCUCUCUCUCUCUCUCUCUACACUACAGCUAUCAAACAGCCAACAUUUCUUCUUACGGUUUGGAAUCCGGAACCAGGCUGGUCUUUCCUUACCAGUUUCUCCUCCACACAUCAAUAUAUUUAUUUAUUAUAUACGACAAUGUUUUGUUUCCACUGUCCACCGACAAUACAUCCAGUUACCCGACUCGGGAUGGAUUUCAACUGUACGCCAAACCAUCCUUACGGUACCUUCGGGUUACAUGGAGAGAUCCACGAUGACACAUUCACAAGGAGGAAGCAGAGACGGAAUCGAACCACGUUUACACUGCAGCAGCUGGAAGAAUUAGAGAAAGCAUUCGCACAAACACAUUAUCCAGAUGUCUUCACCCGAGAAGACUUGGCCAUGAGAAUUAACUUAACAGAAGCUAGAGUACAGGUAUGGUUUCAGAACCGUCGAGCAAAAUGGCGUAAAAGUGAACGGUUUGCUCAACAACAACAACAUCCUAACCAAACAACACAAGCACAUUUACAACAGCAACAAGAAGACCAAAAGUCACUGAGGAAUGUUGAGCAUCUUAGUCCAGAUGGUCAAGUUUUGAUCGCCAAGGACAAGGAUUCCCUAGUCGAUGUUGCCAUGGCGGACCUACACAGCGAUGACGAAACGGAAACACGACAACUGGAGCGCCAACGCCAUCUUUCUCCUAGCAACCAACAUCAACCGCACCAAUCAGAUUGCAUUACGCUGAAAGAGGAAAUGAACGACUCCCUGUUGACUGUAGAUAUAGAUGGCGUUGCUGCUCACCCUCUUAGUAUGAACGAUUCGGAAAAAGUGUCGGCAGCCUCGUUUUCGUCGGUUAUGGUGCAUGAUGGCGAUGACGACGACGAUGAUUCUUCCUACGAAAGCGAGGCUCUCAUUCUUCAACACAACAACAACGGGGGCAACAGCAGCAGCAGUACUAGCAGCACCAGCAGCAACGGCAAAACCCACAACAGCACCAGCAGCAACAACAGCAAAUCCCACAACACCAACACCACCAACAACAGUAGCAACGCUAAAGAACUGAGUGUGGCUUUAAAGAAUUCCGUUGCGAUUCGGCGCCAAAAUUCGCCUUUGAAUGUUGAUGCGGUCAUUGAGGAAGUGACAGCUGCGCAUGUCAUGUCUGGCUAUAGCGGUGCCGCACUAACGGCCAGUGCCAUUGCCGAAAAAUAUAUUCAGGAAUACCACGAAUGCAAGAAAUUUUCUACAACCGGAGUCAGCAACAAUAACAACAAUAGUACUGAAAACAACAAUAGUAGUAGUAAUACUAAUAAUAAUACUAAUAAUAAUAAUAUAAACAAUAACACUUCUAACAGUAGCAACAACAACAGCAACAACAGUACUCAUAACAACAAUACUAAUAAUAAUACUACUAAUAAUACUACUACUAAUAAUAACAACAACAGCACAAGUAAUAGCAACAACUAUAACACUUUUAAUUUGUCAUCUUCGUCUUCGUCAUCCUCUUCCUCUUCUCUAUCAUCGUCUUCUUCUUCAUCCUCUUCCUCUUCGUCGUCCGCAGCCUCACACCUUCUGACAUCUUCAGAGAAAAGUGGGCUUCCGUCAGCAAUAACCGUCAACACAACUAACUCCGCUGCUCUGACUGUUCCCAAUACCAAUACCAACACCAACACCAACACCAACACAUUAGAUUCGGACCGUUCUCCAAGUCAGUCACCAGCACACGAUUCGGAAUUGGUGAAAACAGAAGCCAGCCGUCUUGCAGUCGGUAAAAUUGGUGCCGGAACUUUGGUCGGGAGUGUACGACCUGCAGCAGAAAUGACCGUACGUGCUAACACAACUCAAGCUUCUACUUAUCAACAGUUAUUCGGAGACAAAUCUUUAGCUACCACAGCCGGAACUGGAUCCACAGGUUUUCCACCCAUGAUACAAUCAAUGUUCACAGAUCUUGGUGCCGUGGGACAGACGUCGAGACCAUUCUUCUCGUUUUUAGAUGGGAAUGUCUACAAAUCCUGCUUCGAGAACUUCAUGGCUCCACGACAGUUUUUCCAUCAGUUGCCCUCACAUCCUGCUCUCAAAGGUUGUCUACCGCUGUGUGCUUGCUGUACACCGAGAAACUCAGCAGGCCCUAGUGUGUUUGCUGCGCAUGAACAGAGAACUACGAGUGUAGCCGAGCUUCGUCGGCGUGCUAGAGAACAUUCGGAAGCUCUUGCUGCCAGUGCCCUUCCAGAUAGGGGUACAUUAAGUUCACAAGUUACUUUGUAACACAAGUUUAACUUACACACAUCACAUGCAUACUUGAGUGGUAUACAUAUAUAGUGACUGGUGUAUUUAAACACACGUAUAUUACAUUAAAUUGAAGCGAUUCUUUACAAAUGGCCAUGUUUCGCUCAAUACAACUUCUUCAAACGAUACAUAAACACAAAUACAUACACACAGAGAGAUAUACAUUCAUGUAUGUUUAUGAACAUAUAUAUAUAUAUAUACGUGUGUAUACAUAUACGCAUCUAUAUGUAUAUAUGCACAUAUGUAUUCUCCUAUGAAUAUACAAUAUAUACAUACGUAUAUGCAAGUAUCCAUACAUGCGUAACAGCGGUACUGUUAUAUCUUCAUUAUUCAUUUCGUGCAUAAUAAUAAAAACCAAAACGAAACAGUAUAACUCGCAACUUCAAGAUAGAGUAAUAGAGUUGUCAUCCUUCUUCGGUUCUGAUCAGAAUUGAACAGAAUAAUAGUUUAUAAGUAUUGCAAACAUUAAUAGCAUUCCCACGAAGCUGCAUUUCAGUCAAAUAUCAAAAUCGUUUCCAUUAUACGUGGAUGUUCUGUUUGUUAAAUUAUAUUUUGUCUUUUAUGAAAGGUAAAUUGACUGUUUGGCAGUAAACUAUACCUCUAUCUGUCUGUUUAUCUAUCUCUAUUAACACAUUAUAUAUGUGUGUGUGUGUGUGUUUAUCCAUUUAUGUGAAUAUAUGAGUGUGCGUGUUUGCGUGUGAUCUGGUUUGUUAUGAUAAGUACUUUCUCCGGACACAGACUGUGUUUUCUGCCCCUCCCCCCAAAAGACAGAGGCAAACUUACUGGUCUGGUGCCGUCAUCAACGUAAAUUUCUUACUUCUUACAUACACUGGGCAGUAUUUUGGUAUCUGAAAGUAACGAGACUAAAAUAAUUAUAAGGAUCGAUAUAGUAAGACAUCCUUGAAAGCUGUUCUCCAGCAUGGCCGCAGUUCCAGGAUUAAAGCCAGGAAUUACUGACACACUCACCAUGUGUGUGUACGAGAGAGAGAGAGAGAAGGUGUAUUCAUGUGUGUGUAAAUAAAUGGAUUUUGGUCAGAAAUACCAGCAAAGACUAUUCAAUUUCUGAAGAACUGAAUUAUUGGACUCAUUGAAUCAGAAUGUGUGUGAUUGAGUAUUCCGAAGAUACAUCGACCCUUAACGUAAUUUGCCGAUGGAAUCAGCGCGACAAAAUUGGAUCUUUCAGUUACAGGUAGAAUCCACUCGGUGACCAUUCAUUUUUUGCAGUUAACUAACGUCACGCAUGAGGAUCAUUGUAUGUAUGUAUAUGUGCGAUAAUUUAUGUGGGUUGCUUGCUAAUUAUCCUGCAAAACUUAAGAUAUAUUAUUCUCUAAAAUUGCAAAGAAUGGCUCAGUGCUUCCUGUUUGUUGGCGAGCUAUUUUCAUAAGGAAAUGUUUUGGAUUUAUUUCCGUCAUCAGAAUAUGAAUUAUUUGUACAGUUAUUUGCUGUGUGGUUGAUGUGCAUUGAAUGAAUGUGUCUGGAUGUUAUAUAUAUAUAUAUAUACAUGUAUGUGUGUAUAUCUAUCUAUAUAUAUACAUAUGUGCUUAUGUAUGUGUAUGUGUGGCGCCUCUUCAACGUUUAACCAUAGAAAAAUCUGCCUCAAUAAACAGUGUCUGACCCAUGCUAGCAUGGAAAAGUGGAUGCGAAGAUGAUGAUGAAGACUACAACGACGACGAUGAUGAAAUCACUACGAAUCUUUAGAAAGCACAUUCACGCCCAACACGCGCGCGCGCGCACCUAAACGUUAUCAUGCAGUGAUAUAAAGUAUUUGAUAAUACACAUACACCUACAUAUUCAUAGAGACACAAAUGCAACAUGGCUCUCCAUGGAUUCAAACUUACAACGCUGAUCUACUACCAUAAAAGUAAAAGGAAAAUGCAACGUUCAAUGUACAUAUAGACAAGACAGAUUGGAUGAAAUCUGGAGCCCCACGACCAAAGGAAAUUCCAUGUAAGGUGCACAGGAACGUCGACAAUGCCGGAGACAUUUUGGAAAACGCUUCGUGAUAUUUCGUCUGCCGCUACGUUCUGAGUUCACAUUCCGCUGAGGUCGACUUUGCCUUUCAGCCUUUCGGGGUCGAAAAUUUAAAUACCAGUGAAACACUGGGGUCGAUGUUACCGACUAAUCCCCCCCUCCUCUCCAAUUUCAAGGGCCUUGUGGUCUUAGUAGAAAAGAUUAAGUCGGCGAGCUGGCAGAAUCUUUAGCGUGCCAGACAAACACGUUUAGCGGCAUUUCAUCUGACUUUAAGUUCUGAGUUCAAAUUCCACAGAGAGCAACUUUGCAUUUCAUCCUUUCGAGGUCGAUAAAUUAAGUGCCAGUUAAGCACAGGGAUCGAUUAGCACCCCCCCACAAAAUGUCAGGCCUUGUACUUAUAGUAGAAAGAAAUAACAUUGAAAAUAAUUUUAUAUAUUUACCUAUUAUUUCUAGAAAACAAUUCCAGUUUUUAAGUCUUGGAGAAGGAACUCUACUUAUUUAAUUACAAUACCAACUUAAUCCCGUUGCUUGUCUCUACACCUCUCCUUUUAGUCCAUUACCUUUUAAACUCCUAGAAUAUAAAGUUUUAAAAUUAUCCUUAGGUUUCCAAAAUUGAUUUCUUAAGAGGUUAUAAAAACAGAUAUAUUAAAAAAAAAAAGCCCCAAUAAAAACAGUUCGAAAAAGAAAGUAGUUCAGAAAUAAUGCACAAUAUAACAAAAUAGCUUAUAAUGCCUUGCGUGUGUGUGUGUGUGUAUAUAUGUGUGUGCAUGCGUGCGUUUCUAUCUGUUUCGUAUAUCUGUUAUUCUAUGUAUAUAUAUAUAUAUAUACGUAUGUAUAUAUCUUCAGGUGCGUGCGUGCGUAUUAUUUAAUAUGUAAUAUAUAAUCAUACGUAGAGGCAUAAACAUACACGCAUAUACACACAAACGCAUACAUAUAGACACAAAAAUGUACAUAUAUAUAUAUAUAUAUAUAUGUGUAUAUAUAUAUACACAUGUAUGUAUAUCACUUUUUAUACCCACACAGGAUAACUCAGAAUGAAGGACAGACAUAUAUCAACAUAUACAACCUUGUAUAUAUAUGACAUAUAUAUAUAUGUGUGUGUACGUGUAUGUGCCUAUAAACUUUACCGACACACCAAUAUACAGACUCGGAGUAUACAAAAACAAUACGAAAAUAAAGAUUAAACACAACACCAUCACAUCGUCACGUGAUAGAUUGUCCACAAAGAAUACGUAAAUAAUAUGGCGAUCUCAUAAAUGAAAUCAUAUAUACGAGUGAGCGUGUGUAUACGUAUAUACACACGUGUAUACGUAUAUACACACUCGUGGAGAUAAUGCGCAUAUGCACGUGUAUAUACAUAUAUAUAUAUAUGAGUGUGUGUGUGUGUGCUUGCGUGUAUCUAUACACAUACGUAUAUAUAUAUAUAUAUUUGACGGAGCAAGUAAGCGUUGUCUUAAAAAAUUGAAGACACGAAAAUAAUGCGACUAGACGAAAUGAAAAACGAAAGAGCUGUUUCAAGAAAAAAUAAAAAAUAACCGGACCCAUUAUUUUAUUGGUUGAACUUAGAAAAAAAAGUUCCAUUACCAAAUUAUCAUGACCAAAUAAUUAGUUUUGUUAAAUAUUGGGAAAUAUAUAUAUAUACGUAUAAUAUAUCUAUAUAUGUACAUACAUAUCUAUAUACACGUGUGUGUAUAUAUAUAUAAAUAUAUAUACAUACAUACACACACACAUAUGAGAAAUGUUUCUUUUUUAUCCCUCAGAAAAAUAAAUGUUGGAUUGAUUGAGGAAAUAUGUUGAGUAUUGAAGUAAUAAGUAAAAUACAAAAAGAAAAUGGUAAAAAAAAAAAACAAUUCCAGAAGCUGUAAAGCACCGGACUACGUGUCUUACAUCUAUGUAGUUCAGUUUCGAACUCUGCUUCUCACCUUCUGAUUCCGAAGUAAAUAAAUAAAUAAACUGGAAUGCCACCGGCAGCGUUGAUGGUAGAAGUGGUGGUGGCGGUGGUGAUAGUUGGAGGUCGUCGAAGGUGAUUGUGUGGUGAUGGCGUUGUUAUCUUUGCCUUUUAUUCAAUGAUAUAUAAAUACCAGUAAUACACUGGUUGGCAAGACGUACAAUCAAUCGUUGAAUCGAUAUUAAACUCUAUUGGCCUUGAAUCUAAGUUUAAAAACAAAACAAAAAAAAAGAAAAAAACAAAAAUACAUUAACAUGAAAACAAAAGAAAAAAUACAAAAAAAAAAAGGAAAAUAUAAAUAAAAAGAAUAUUGAUGUUGGUAAGAGCGGUGUCUGAGUUGAUUCAAAUGGCUUAGUGUUUGACUGAAUUCAUUUUACAGUAUUUAAUUCCGUAGCCCUACGUUCUGAGUUCAAAUCUCCCCCUGGGUGGGUGGGGGUGUUUCAACAUUGCCUUUCAAACCAUGGGGUGGUAUUCGAUAAAGAUUAUAAAUACCUGUAAUAUAUACUGGGUAUUCGAUUCAGUUUAUCGGCUUUUCACCUUUUCUUUUGAACAAUCGGCCUUGUGUGUCUAUUGGAAUUGAGAUAAGAAAAGCAAAAAAAAAAUAAAAAAAAUAAAAAAAUAAAAUAAAAUAAAAUGAAAAAUCGAAAAUUUAUAAUACUAAAAAAGACAAUUAAAUAAAAAUAAUAUAUAUAUAUAAUACAUUAAUUAUAUAACGCUAAAACUUAAUGAUUAUAAACUCUAAUUUAAUGAAAAAAAAAAUCCCUUCCACUCUAUCCCCCACCCCUACUGUAUCCAUAUAUGGUCUUUAAAAAAAUAAAAACAACAAAAAACUUAGAUUUGUCCUGUUGUUGUGAUGAUGAUGAUGCUGAUGCGUGUCACCUUUUAAAACAACAUGUCCUGAUUGACAUGGUUUAGAUGUACACGAUUCUAAACGAAUGCUCAAUAGAGACAUUGCAACAUUGGUUUAGAAUCGAAUUGAAUGUAAAGACGGAGAGCAUUAAUAAAUAUUUAAAAAAAAACAACAAAAAACGUUUUCAA